AUGCUUUCAAUACUGACAAGUCACCUUUCGCAGUCAACCUCAAUUCACCUCUGGCUAUAUUUCGAUGUCUACGAAUACUACGAGCUGGCUUCGCAGCUGCUCCUUGACGCUGUAUAUCAGCCGACGUUCCCUCCAUAUCAUGUGCCCGCUUCUGAAGCAGACACCUCACUUCCUGGUCCUCCACCCAAGAUUCUCCGAGACAUGGGCUUGCAAGUUAUAGACGAAGAUGGUUCUCUGGCUCCAUCGCGAACGGGUGUUGCAGCCAUCACUUCAAUAUACUUCGACAAUGGAGAUCUUGAACUGUACCUUGGUCGACUAGAAAAGACAGAGGGUGUUGAAGUUAUCCAUCUCCGGUGGUACAGCGACACAGGCAUGAAAAUUUUGGCAAGCAAGAAGACAGAAACUAGCCUGUCAGUGUCAAGGCUCAAGACGCACAAUUCGCAUCAGCGGAAGUCCAGUUGGGUAGAAAAAGCUAACGCACCUUCGGAUGACCGAAAGCCACCUCUAUCCACUACCCCACGAGAGCGCAAGCACCAGUCCAGCGUCGCCGCUCGUAUUCUGGAUUCUCGUUCUGGACACGGACACCACUUCUCGAGCCCCAUGCCCGAGGAUCAUCCAAAGGCUCUGCCCCCUCGUCGGAUAUCGAGAUUAGGGAGAGUUGCUGCUAGAUUGAGCCAGGGCAUGACAGAUUGGGGGAGGAAUAUCACUGGAUUUAGGGGCGUCAAGGAAUCUUCGUAGGGCUUGGUGUGUGUGUUAAACUGGUACGCAACCACUGUGCGUGUGUUCUUUUGAUUUGUACCACGACUCUUACUAUGUAUCACAAGAUCAGUUUUUUAUGUAGCAUUGAUAUCGUC